AUGAGUGGCUUCGAGCGAGAAGGCAGGAAUUCAGAAAAAAAAGUUCGAUAUCUGCAAUCUGAUGCAACUCCUUUAUCUGAUGAUAAUAUACAAGAUAUCAUUAAUGCUAAAAAUUCAAUGAAACGUGCAUCAGAAGCUAUGGCAAGCAAAUACAAAAUAUCAACAAGGCGUGUAUAUCAAAUAUGGAGAGGGAAUCAUCCACUAAUAGAUUUUAGAGAAGAGGCAUUGCGAUCAGCUACAUCUGUAGCUAGCUUAAGUAAAGAUUUCAAUCAUGAUGCUAAUAAAUUCGAUUCUGUCUUCACAAUACUGGAAAACAAAAUACAUAAUACUAAAAUUACCAAAUCUACUGAUUUAGCUUCGGAAGAGAAUGUUGUUUCAGAUAGUAAGGUGAAAAGGACUGGAGGAAGAAAAUCGAAAACCAAAACUGUUUACGUUUCCGAUUCUAUUUCAUCUAUCAAAUCUUCUGAAGAUGUCUUGGAUUUGUAUAAGAGAACUAGUUCUGAAAUAGAGAAAAUUAGAGCAUCUGGUCAUGCUCUU